UACCGCCGCCGCCGCCGCUGCCUGGAUAUAGUGCGGCAAGGAGCGGAGCUUGCAGUCACUUUGCGAGGAGGAGCGCGCGGGCUGCGGGCGGCUGGGGCAUCCGGGAGUGGCGGCAGCUGUAGCCGAGGCGGCCGUGGCAGCGGAAGGUUCUCUCUCCAGGCUGGACUUAAUAACUUUGGAAGUGUCCACCGGUGUCACGUCCUGAACAUGAGCCUCCUCCUCUCCUUCUACUUGCUCGGGUUGCUUGUCAGUAGCGGGCAAGCUCUUCUUCAAGUGACAAUUUCACUUAGCAAAGUAGAGCUUAGUGUGGGGGAAUCUAAAUUCUUCACAUGUACAGCAAUUGGUGAGCCUGAGAGUAUAGACUGGUAUAAUCCUCAAGGAGAGAAGAUAAUUUCAACACAGAGAGUAGUGGUACAAAAGGAGAGUGUCAGGUCAAGAUUAACCAUCUACAAUGCAAAUAUAGAAGAUGCAGGGAUAUAUCGUUGUCAAGCAACAGACGCCAAAGGACAGACGCAAGAAGCUACGGUUGUUUUGGAAAUUUACCAAAAACUCACGUUCAGAGAAGUGGUAUCACCUCAAGAAUUCAAACAAGGAGAGGAUGCAGAAGUGGUUUGCCGAGUUAGCAGCUCACCUGCACCUGUCGUCAGCUGGUUGUACCAUAAUGAGGAAGUCACCGCUAUUGCCGACAAUCGAUUUGCUAUGUUAGCCAACAAUAAUCUGCAGAUUCUCAACAUCAAUAAAAGUGAUGAAGGUAUAUACAGAUGUGAAGGAAGAGUGGAAGCCAGGGGGGAAAUUGACUUCCGUGAUAUCAUCGUUAUUGUUAAUGUGCCGCCAGCCAUCACAAUGCCUCAGAAGUCCUUUAACGCCACAGCAGAGAGAGGAGAAGAUAUGACGUUCUCCUGCAGGGCCUCUGGCUCCCCAGAGCCCUCCAUCUCUUGGUACAGGAAUGGCAAGCUCAUUGAAGAAAGCGAAAAGUACAUAUUGAAAGGGAGCAACACAGAACUAACUGUCAGAAACAUAAUCAAUAGUGAUGGGGGCCACUAUGUCUGCAGGGCCACAAAUAAGGCAGGAGAAGAUGAAAAACAGGCAUUCCUCCAAGUCUUUGUACAGCCUCACAUAAUACAGCUUAAAAAUGAAACUACAUAUGAGAAUGGUCAAGUCACACUCAUAUGUGAAGCGGAAGGGGAGCCGAUUCCAGAAAUCACUUGGAAAAGAGCCAUGGAUGGAAUCACGUUCUCCGAAGGCGAUAAGAGCCCAGACGGCCGUAUUGAAGUGAAAGGACAGCGUGGAAGCUCAUCCUUGCACAUUAAAGAUGUGAAGUUGUCGGAUUCAGGGAGAUACGACUGUGAGGCUGCCAGCAGAAUUGGGGGGCACCAAAAGAGCAUGUACCUUGAUAUUGAAUAUGCUCCCAAGUUCGUAUCAAACCAAACAAUUUAUUACUCUUGGGAAGGAAAUCCAAUCAACAUAAGCUGUGAUGUGAAAUCUAAUCCACCAGCAUCAGUCCAUUGGAGAAGAGAGAAAUUAGUCUUGCCAGCUAAAAAUACCACUAAUUUAAAGACAUAUAGUGCAGGGAGAAAGAUGAUAUUAGAGAUUGCACCUACAUCUGACAAUGACUUUGGACGCUAUAAUUGCACAGCCACUAAUCGUAUAGGAACAAGAUUUCAAGAAUAUAUUCUUGCUUUGGCUGAUGUACCAUCCAGUCCCUAUGGAGUGAAGAUUAUAGAGCUGUCACAAACCACCGCCAAGAUUUCUUUCAACAAGCCGGAUUCCCAUGGAGGUGUACCUAUCCAUCACUAUCAAGUGGAUGUCAAAGAAGUGGCAUCAGAAACCUGGAAAAUAGUACGCUCCCAUGGAGUUCAAACAAUGGUUGUUUUGAGCAACCUGGAACCAAAUACAACUUAUGAAAUCAGGGUUGCAGCUGUGAAUGGAAAAGGGCAAGGAGAUUACAGUAAAAUAGAAAUCUUCCAAACAUUACCAGUUCGUGAACCAAGCCCUCCGUCCAUACAUGGGCAGCCAAGCAGUGGGAAGAGCUUUAAAAUCAGCAUCACCAAACAGGAUGAUGGAGGGGCCCCUAUUCUGGAAUACAUUGUGAAAUAUAGAAGUAAAGAUAAAGAAGACCAGUGGCUAGAGAAAAAAGUGCAGGGAAAUAAAGAUCACAUUAUUUUGGAGCAUCUACAGUGGACAAUGGGGUAUGAGGUUCAGAUUACAGCUGCCAACAGAUUGGGAUAUUCAGAACCGACAGUGUACGAGUUCAGCAUGCCACCAAAGCCCAACAUAAUUAAAGACACACUUUUCAAUGGUCUUGGGCUUGGAGCUGUCAUUGGCCUGGGAGUGGCAGCACUCUUGCUAAUUCUUGUGGUAACAGACGUCAGCUGCUUCUUUGUUCGGCAAUGUGGGUUACUGAUGUGCAUCACCAGGAGAAUAUGUGGGAAGAAGAGUGGCUCCAGUGGCAAAAGUAAAGAGCUGGAAGAAGGGAAGGCUGCCUACCUGAAAGAUGGAUCAAAAGAGCCAAUAGUGGAAAUGAGAACAGAGGACGAAAGGAUUACUAAUCAUGAGGAUGGAAGCCCAGUGAAUGAGCCAAAUGAAACCACACCACUAACAGAGCCUGAAAAAUUGCCUUUGAAAGAAGAGAAUGGGAAAGAAGUCUUAAAUCCAGAAACUAUAGAAAUUAAGGUUUCUAAUGACAUCCAGUCAAAAGAGGAUGACAGCAAAGCAUAACACCAAGAUUGCAGAGGCUUGAACAAUGCUACAAAGAGCAUUCGGAUUUCAGUGACCCUAUGACCAAAACUAUUCCAUUGCCCUUAAUUUCUUGGGAAACUUCUAGCUUGGAAUAGCUUGUACACAUAUACAUAUGAUCAAAUACUCCUGCCCAUGGUCAAUUUCCUUUGUUGUUGUUGUUGUUGUUGUUAUUGUUGUUGUUGUUUAUUUUGUUAAGAUAUUCAGUAUAGAGACCUGACUGGCACCAAUGCUUGGGUAUCAAUUUGAUGCUAUGAUCAAAGAGUUGCAAUUUAUUAGAUGGCUAAAGUGCUAUACUUCUGAAGAACUGUAUUUCAUACCGCAACCUCUCCAACAAAUAGAGGUUUAAACAAAACAAACAAACAAAACAAAUCAAAACUUUGUGAGCCAAAUGUAUAAGAAAGUCCUGCAUGUUUUUAAUUCUAUUUUGGCAGACAGAUAAUUAAAGUCUUCUUCAGUUUAAGAUGAAAACACUUAGUAAAGUUUAUCAUUUUUUUAUCAAGAGAAUUUCAGGGAACCGGGGCUGGAAGGAGCCAGCUAUCUUUAGCAAUUAUCAAAAAUCAAAAGAAACUUUGAAAAACUCUUUUAAAGUUACAAUUAUGUUGAUUUUUGGUAGACUGAAGUGCCAGAUCAAAAUUGUUACCCACUUGAAUGAAUAUUAGUUGUAAGUAAAAUUAGAUUAGAAAGAUUCCGUAAAUCUCUCUCUUUAAAUAUGCCAUAUUCACUCACAAUGGAUUACACACACACAUACACACACACACAAAUGUAUUGCAAGUGAAAAUUAUAUUAUUUUCUGCCCUGAGCUUCAAGUAAUAAAGUAAAUUGAAAUGAGAAUAAUAUCAUUGUUGUGUUGCUAUAUUUAUAUAUAUGUGAUUAUCUUUUACUUUUUAAUAAUUUUACCAAAAAACCAGGUCUCUAACUUCCCAUUACUUCAAACUGUGUUUUCAGAUACAUUUUUUUGCCCAUUGUUUUAGAUAAUCUUUGUUUAAAAGUUCUUUUUCCAAGUGUUAUAAGUCAAUCAUACAUGAAAUUGGCUAAUGGAAGUAACAAUCCUUAGCUUGGAUCAAUUAAGGAGAUAUUAAGAUUGAAAUAUGCCAUGAAAGUGUCAAUGCUAAACAAUUAAAUUACUAUUGUACUAUCCUUUUAUUCUGGAUGUUGUAGCUAGAAGUUGUUUUAAGAUUUUGAUGAACAACUUUAGUUGAAAAAUUCCUUAACUAUUCAACAUGAACUUUCCAAUAUUACUUGUUAGGGCCUAACACCCGAAUAAAACACUUAUCAACUUCCAAGCUAUGCAAGCUCCCUGAGGUAAAAAACUGGAACACGGUUUUUACUUAUAUGUAAAGUAAAAAAAAAAUGUAUUGAUGAUUAUAAAUAUACAUACCAUUGGGAGCAGAUUUUAGAUUAUUUCUUACCCUAGAGAGCCAAAGGUUUCUUUAGGCCCCAUCACAUUCAUAUAACCUUUAAUGUUUCUGGUGGUGUUACAGCUCAACUACUGACUGGUUGGGGAAUGCAUUCCAGCAGAACAUCGGAGGGUAGUUCUGACAGUGCAGAGCUACCUGCUGUAGGGCGUUGCUCUAUAGAGAUGACUUAAUGAAUAUUAAUGUAAUGUUAAUGCCACUUAUGAACCCUUUUAUAUACAAAGUGCUGGAAACUGUCAGCCAAGGAGAGACAGCUAACUGAUUUUACAAAAUGUUGGUUAUCAGCAAGACAGAAUCUGCCCAUCUGCAUGUUCAGGCACUACAUCUCCAGUGUCCUUGCCAGAAUUUACAGGGUUAUGAUACAGAAGUCUCUCCUUGCUAGCCUUUCUGGCCUAUUCUGAAGAAAAAGAAAAGACUUUAGUGCCUACCUAAGAAUUUUCGUAGGAAUUAUCCAACUGGUCUUUUUGAUGGAUUUGUUGUUGUUUGUUAGGUUUCGUCUCAUCAUCUGUUCACUUUAUUUUACUGUUUUUUCACUUUUUUGUAUCAAUGUGCUAAAACUAAUCAACAUACUUGUGCAAAGUAAAUGGGCUUAGUAAAAUGUCAGUGAAGCAAUAGCCAUGAAUGCUACUUUUUCCUGGAUAGGGCUACCUGAAUUUGAACAGAUGAUGGUAAAAGAAUUAGGAAAACUUAGAAAACAAUUUAGCAUGUCUACUAUUGAUAUAUUUGUGCUAUACUUCAAGAACAAAGAAAUAAUAAUAAAGAACAAAUAUUUUUGUGUUUUUUUCAGAUUGAAAGUUCUGUUUCUCUCAUUUAUUUGGACUUUCCAUGUAAAGCAAUUUAUCUAAAUAUUUCUUUUAUAUAUAUAUAUAUAUAAAUAUAUAUAUAUAUUUAUUGUUGAAUUUCUCGCCACUAAUGUGGAGUAACAAUUUGAAGUUAACAGGUAAUCUGGAGCUAAUUGUAGACAGAUCGUUUCAAGUGCACUGUUUCAAUUGUCCGAAUGGUCCUUCUCUCUUGUCCCAGAACUGUAUGCUAUGCAGGAGCAUGGCAAUACUGUGAUACGCUUUUCUUUUUAACGUUUUUAAGUAAUGUUCCAAAUUAAUCUAUUUGUAAAAGCUUUCAUCUGAGAGAUGGAUUUUAGUAAAUUGUAAAAUAUGAAUAGAACUGAAAUCAUGUUUCCUGUUUUUCAUUCUUAUUGUAGACUAAACAUAUCCAUGUAAAUGUAUAAAGAUUAUUUUUACUGUCUGUGAGUACUCUUAAUUGUUAGUAUCAAA